CUGAAAUUUUAACAAAAUUCACAUGAAAUUUUUACUUUUAAGUUUUAAAUUUGGUACAGAUGGCCGGCAAGGGCGAAAUAAUACAGAUACAUAUAGGACAGGCGGGCGUGCAGAUAGCGAAUGCCUGCUGGGAGCUCUACUGCCUGGAGCAUGGCAUCAUGGCCAAUGGCAGAUGCAUGACGCAGCCCAGCGAUGAUUCAUUUUUGACUUUCUUUGAGUUUAGCGGUCAUGAGCCGUGUGUGCAGCCGCGUCUUGUUAUGGUGGAUACGGAGCCCACUGUUAUAGAUGAAAUACGCACUGGCGCUUAUCGCAAUUUGUUUCAUCCGGAAACCUUAAUCACUGGCAAGGACGACAGCGGCAGCAACUUUUCCAGAGGCUAUCAUCUAAUGGCUAGUGAUCUGCUGGAUCGUACUAUGAAUGCCAUAAGAAGAGUAGCAGAUCGUUGUCGCAGUCUGCGUGGUUUUCUAGUAUUUCGCGCUAUAGGCGGCGGCACUGGCUCUGGACUGGGCACGCGCAUUAUGGAGAAGCUAGUGGAGGACUUUGGCAAGAAAAUGACAGUUAUAGAAUUUCUGGUGUAUCCAUCGCCUUCCAUCUCCCCUGUUAUAGUGGAGCCCUACAAUGCGCUGCUCUCCACACACUUCAGCAUGGACUAUGCCGAUGUUAGCUUCAUUGUAGACAACGAGGCGCUCUAUGACAUAUGCGCCAAUACUUUAAAUGUGCCCGCACCCACUUACACCAAUCUAAAUCGUAUUAUAGGUCAAGUGGUUGCCGCAUUUACCGCUUCACAGCGCUUUGCUGGACCCUCCAGCGUGGGUUUCCAGGAGCUGCAAACCAAUCUUGUGCCCUAUCCACGCAUACACUAUCCGCUGCUCAACUAUGCUCCACUCGUGCCCAUUACACACUCGCAGUUUGUCAACAUGAGCACGGCACAGCUCACCGGACAAUGUUUCCAGAUGAGCAAUCAAAUGGUGCGCUGCAAUCCUGCGCAUGGCAAAUACAUGGCCUGCGUGCUGCUUUAUCGCGGCGAGGUGGCACCCAAUGAGAUCAAUACAGCGCUGGAGAACAUUAAGCGCACCAAAUCCUUUAAAUUUGUCAAUUGGUCGCCAACGGGCUUUAAAAUCGGUGUAAGCAGCAUGCCGCCAGUUUAUGUGCCCAAUGGUGAUUUGGCGCCCACCAAUCGCGCCUGCGUUGCUAUAUCCAAUAAUACGAAUAUACGCAUCGCCUGGUGUCGUUUGGUCAACAAGUUCGAUAAGCUUUAUCAGCGACGCGCCUUUGUGUAUCACUAUGUGGGCGAGGGACUGGAGGAGGGCAACUUCAAUGAGGCUUCGGAGAAUAUAUGCCAGCUGGUGCACGAUUACCUGGAGGUGGAUGCCUCUGGUGGCGCCUCGCCGCAGCGCGACUCUGAUGCCGACGACUGAGCCUCUGUACUUUGCUUAUUUUGUAGUCUUUUCUUUUUUGAAUAAAUUCCAAAAUUUGUAGUGUUGAAUAUUUAAGGUAAUUGC